AUGCGCUAUGUCUAUGUGGCGAUUGACUGUUCGCGAUCAAUGACAAGCAAAGUCUUACCACCAUCUCGAUUUUUCGUCACCAUGAAGAUUCUGAACACGUUUAUCGACAAGUUCUUCGAACAGAAUCCUAUUUCACAGUUAGGGAUAAUCAUUGUCAAAGACAAGAAAGCCGAACGUUUCGUUAGCCUCACAGGCAACGUCCGCGCUUUGAAGGACAACCUGGGUUCCUUAAAUGAAGCCAUAUGCAGUGGAGACUUCUCCCUUCAGAAUGCGUUGCAACUUGCUCUCACCAAUUUA